UCAGAAUGUGCCGUGCACGCGCUCCCCGUCCAACGGGAGUUGAAAAAAUGGUGGCCAGCGCUCGAGUUCAGAAGCUGCUCCGACGAUACAAACUAGCGAUAGCCGCCGCGUUAACUAUCCUCCUGGUCCAGGGGCUUGUGGUAUGGAGUCUGAGAAGUCUGGAAGAGGGCGAGGCAGAGAAAAAUACACGGCGGUCUAAGCUGCCUGACCACAACAGCCAGGACCCCAAGAGAGACCCGGCUCUUUGGGUGAAGCAGAACUCUUUGUCGGGGCGGGGCCGAUGGAGCGGCCGGUCGGAGAGGACGGGGGGCACGGCCGCCAGCGCACUGAGGAGGGGAACCAACCGCAGAGGAGAGAAGCCCAGCGUCAGGGUGAAGGCUCAUCAGAACCGGGGGGUAACGGGACCCGGGCUAGAACACGCAGUCCAUGACCCGUCCAGCAGCCGUAACUUCAGCGAGACCAGAGGAGGCGCAGACGGGGUGGCGAAGGUUCCGGCCGCCGCCAUGCUCGGGGAGCCGGGCAGCGUGGACGGGGCGCACCAGCCCAGCAGCGACUUUGUGCCCAAAUGUCACAUCACGGGCAAGGACGCGCUGUCCGCCCUGCAUCGCGCCGGGUCGCAGCAGUGCCGGCAGGAGAUCGCCAACAUCGUGUGUCAGCAUCAUGCCGGGGAGCUCAUGCCAGGCGCACUCCCUCAGUUCUGCCCUCAGCUCGGUAUAUCUAAUCCGGUGCAGUCCGUUGGCGAGCUGGACAACAGCCUGCUCAAAGUGGAGAACCCGGUCAGAGUGGCGUUCGUUCUGAUGGUCCACGGCCGCGCUGUGCGGCAGCUCAAGCGCCUCAUCAAAGCCAUAUAUCACCAAGACCACUUCUACUACAUCCAUGUGGACAAGCGCUCGGGCUACCUGCAUCGGGAGGUGCUGCAGAUCGCCCAGCAGUACCCCAACAUCCGCACCACGCCCUGGAGGAUGGUCACCAUCUGGGGAGGGGCCAGCCUCCUGAAGGCCUACCUGCGCAGCAUGCAGGACCUGCUCAACAUGCUGGACUGGAAGUGGGACUUCUUCAUCAAUCUGAGCGCUACUGAUUUCCCCACCAGGACGAAUGAUGAGCUGGUGUCGUUCCUCUCGCAGCAAAGAGACAAGAACUUCCUCAAGUCCCACGGGAGAGAAAACGCCCGGUUUAUUAAGAAGCAGGGCCUGAACCGCCUCUUCCAUGAGUGUGACAACCACAUGUGGCGUCUGGGCGAGCGCAGCAUCCCAGAAGGCCUGAAGGUCUCCGGCGGAUCUGAUUGGUUCGCGCUCACCCGCCGCUUCGUGGAGUACGUCAUCAACUCCCAGGAUGCCUUGGUGUCAGGGCUGAAGCAGUUCUAUACCUACGCUCUGCUUCCCGCUGAGUCCUUCUUCCACACGGUGCUGGGGAACAGCCACAUGUGCGACACCCUGGUGGACAACAACCUGCGCGUCACCAACUGGAACCGCAAGCUGGGCUGCAAAUGUCAGUACAAACACAUCGUGGACUGGUGCGGCUGCUCGCCCAACGACUUCAAGCCUCAAGACCUCAUCAGGAUCCAGCAACUGACCCGUCCGACGUUCUUCGCCCGCAAGUUUGAGUCCUCUGUGAACCAGGAGGUCAUCGACAUCCUGGACACGCACCUGUACGGCCAGUACGCUCCGGGCACCACGGCGCUGAAGGCGUACUGGGAGAGUCUGUUUGAGACGGAGGACGGCCUGGCCGCGCUCAGCGACGCAGCGCUCACCGCGCACACGGCUUUCUUUCGUCUCGGCCUGAGGAACCUGCUGACCCCUCAGAGCACCGUGGACGUCUGCAGGUUUGAACCAGUCGGCUACCCUCUGUCAGUACACGUGUACUUCUAUGACGACCGUUUCCAAGGAUACCUGAUUCGUCAGGAGGUCCAGGCCGCGGGGUCAAAGGUCAGAGAGACGCUGGAGAUGUGGGCGGUGCCUCAAGCAACGCUCGUCCUGCAGUCAAACCUGAAGGAGUUUGAAAGGCUCAAGAAUCUGGAGAUCGGCACAGAGUGGGAUCCUAAAGAGAGAAUCUUCCGUAACUUUGGCGGCCUCAUCGGGCCUCUGAGCGAGCCGCUGGCGGUGCAGAAGUGGGCGCGGGGUCCCAACCUCACGGCCACCAUCGUGUGGAUCGACCCGGCUCAGGUGGUGGCAGCGUCCUAUGACAUCACGGUGGAUGUGGAUGCAGAAUACACGCAGUACAAGCCCCCGCUGCAGCGCCCCCUGCGGCCCGGUACCUGGUCUGUGCGCGUGUUGAAGCAGUGGGAGCUCGUGGCCGAGGUCAGCUUCCUCGUCAUGCCGCUGACCUUCAAAGACAAGGAGCCGCUGCGCAAAGAAGAGGACAGCUGGCUCCACGCAGGCCCCCCAGGCGACCUGUACCUGGAGCAGAGCUUCCAGCAGCUGAGCUCCGUGCUGAAGCUGCCCCCCCGAGAGGCGGCGGCCCAGGAGGCGCAGCGCAGAGCCCAGCUGGUGGGGCGGCCCCUCCAAGCCUGGGUGGACAGCAGCAUCAAAAACUUCUGGGUCACGGGCGGUCUCUGCGCCCCACAGACUUCCUCCUGCCCCGCGGUGGGACUCUGCUCCAAAACCUCCUGGAGCUCCAUGUCUCCGGACCCCAAGUCUGAACUGUGCCCGGUGAAAAGUGACGGGAGGAUCAGGUAGCGCCCGCAGAGGAGAGACUGUGGACUGAAACUCAAACACAGGCACAUACACAGACGACUCCCUGCACUGAGGACCCUCUCAGUGACGGGCUGAUAGGAAAGUGACUGCGGGAAAUUUGCACAUUUCACAGGACUCGUGUGGUUGUUGGUUGAAUGGUUAUGUUUUAAUGGCACACAGUUUGUCAGUCGGGGUCGGAAAGAAAUCCUCUGCGCAUGUUUAAUAGGGAACUCAACAACCUCUUCGUUUCAAAGGGGAAUGAAACCUUUUAUGCUUAUUUAUUUUAAAGCAUUCAUGUGUGAGGCAGAUGAAGUGCACUUUACUGUAAGACUGUAAUGUUACACAGAGGUCGCUUGGUUACAGCACGAGGAGUCCGAUAAGAUCCGAUCACUUUUAUUUAACAGGAGACCCCUGUAGAUACCCGAGACCCCCCCCCCCCCCCACCUGCACAGACACAUCACGAAAUGACCUGAAUAAGUCAACGAUAAGGAAAGAGCUAGUAGUGGGAUUUUAUUAAUGUGACAUAUCAUUUUUUAACAUGUUAUUUUUUGUAUGUAUGUUAGUUUAUUUCAUCUGGCAGUAAAGUGUUGAGUUGUCUUUGAUGCCCGUUGUUGCAAGAAAAAGCCACUCUAUUUUUUUUUACAUCUGCAUCAUCAAGGCCGCAGAGAGCCAGGUACAAAACAUGAGCGACAGAUCUACGAGAAACUCCAGCUAUUGGGUCUUAAGAUGUUGUGUUAAAUGUGGUAUUUUAAGUUUAUUAUUGUGUCAUUUUUGGCUCCAGAUUUCUUUUAAACUCAAUCCAACUUAGCAAGGGGACGAACAAUGUAUUCAAGUUAUAAUUAAUAGUGUUGAUGCCCAGAGUUUUAUGAGGAGAUUGGGUCAAAUGUUCUUAAAUAAUAGUCGGCCACCAUAUGAGUUUUCAAGUGACCUUGUUUACCUUGCACAGUACCGUUGCUUCAGUGAAGCCUCAGAUGUAUGGACAUAAAGAGAGCACAUGUUAUUUUUCUAUACUGUUUUGAGUGUGUGUUGUCCGUUCAUCUCCAGUGCUCUGUUAAACUAUUAAAAACUGCUGUCUAAUAAUGUUGUACUGACAGUCCCAGAUC